ACAAACAGCUUCAUCUCAGAGAUUGUUUCCGGGCUAAAAACUCUCCCAACAGCUGUUUGCUUUGGCUGCCACUCAGGUUCAAUUUUUUUUCAAGUUUUUGUUUUUUUUUUAAGAUGUGGGCUGGUUAUUUAUAUAGUCAGGAAGAGGUCUGUGUUUCCAGUGUUGUGGUCUCAGUGCUGUUUUGACAGUUGGAGUACAAGGAGAUUUCUUCUUUUUCUGCCCCCCUCCUCUCUUACCCCCCCCCCGAUAUCCGUUCACUUAAUGCACAGAAUGGGAAUGCUGUAGAGAGAAGAAAAAGCAAAUUUAUGAGGUUUUUAAUCCCAGACAGGCAGCUUUGUGUCAGUUACCUUCAAGAAAAGUUCACGCCCCAAAGGAGUGUUUAGUCUUACACAGCCACUGACUAAGCUGUGUGUGUGUGUGUGUGAGAGAGAGAGAGAGAGAGAUGAAGGAAAGUUUUUUGCCUUUUCUUGAAAGUUGUAGUAUUGUUUUAAAGAUGACUUUUGUUUAAAGUAUUUGUUCUGGAAUUACUGAAACUGGAGUCAACCAGACUGAGGUCAGAAGCAUUUUCUUUGGCAGAAAGAAGAUACUUUUAUAGAAGCCAUGCCUGUACUUGGGGUUGCCUCAAAGCUAAGACAACCAGCUGUAGGGUCAAAGCCUGUUCAUACUGCCCUUCCGAUACCAAAUCUUGGCACGACUGGGUCACAGCAGUAUUCAUCGAAGUCUUUGGAGCUUACUGGGGCAGAGAGCUCAAUGCUUUCUUGUCAGCUUACAUUAAAGUCAACCUGUGACUUUGGAGAGAAGAAAACUCUUCAAGGAAAAACCAAGGAGACAGAGGAUAGUAAGAUUUACACUGACUGGGCUAACCACUACCUAGCAAAAUCUGGCCACAAGCGGCUGAUCAAGGAUUUGCAACAGGACAUUGCAGAUGGAGUUCUGCUAGCAGAAAUCAUCCAGAUCAUUGCCAAUGAAAAGGUUGAAGAUAUCAAUGGCUGUCCCAGGAGCCAGUCUCAAAUGAUUGAGAAUGUUGAUGUCUGCCUUAGCUUUCUGGCAGCCAGAGGAGUAAAUGUUCAAGGUCUUUCUGCUGAAGAAAUAAGGAAUGGAAAUUUGAAAGCCAUUUUAGGACUGUUUUUCAGUUUGUCUCGGUACAAACAGCAGCAGCACCAUCAGCAACAAUACUACCAGUCUUUGGUAGAGUUACAACAGCACGUCUCUCAUUCUUCCCCUCCCGCUGAAAUCAGCCAAUCCAAAACACAGCAAGAUAUGCAGUCCAGUCUGAGAGCCAGAUAUGCAACUCAGUCUAAUCACAGUGGAAUUGCAACCAGUCAAAAAAAGACUUCUAGGCUUCCAGGGCCCUCAAGGGUGCCAGCUGCAGGCAGCAGUACCAAGGUCCAGGGAGCUUCUAAUUUAAAUCGGAGAAGUCAGAGCUUUAACAGCAUUGACAAAAACAAGCCUCCACAAUAUGCAAAUGGCAAUGAAAAAGAUUCACCAAAAGGCCCUCACCCAUCUGCAGGCAUGAAUGGAAAUGUGCAGCAUCCCUCCAGCACUGGGCAGCAGCCGGUCUCUGCCAUACCUUCUCCAAGUGCCAGCAAGCCUUGGCGCAGCAAAUCCAUGAAUGUCAAACACAGUGCCACCUCCACCAUGCUGUCCGUUAAGCAGCCUAGUCCCGCCACCUCCCCAACUCCGUCUUCAGACAGGCUCAAGCCACCCCUUUCUGAAGGAGCGAAACCCCCUUCAUCUGGACAGAAAUCCAUGCUGGAAAAGUUCAAACUGGUUAAUGCUAGGACUGCUUUAAGACCCCCCUUGUCAUCAAGUUCAGGACCCAAUGACAGCGGAAGAGAGGAUGAUACCUUUUCGGAGUGUGGUGAAAUGGACGGCUUUAGCAGUGGGCUAAAUAGUGGUGGCUCCACCAGUAGCAGUCCUAAAGUGUCGCCUAAGCUAACCCCUCCAAAAGCUGGAAGCAAAAAUCUCAGCAAUAAAAAGACUUUGCUACAGCCAAAGGACAAAGAGGAAAAGAACAGGGACAAAAAUAAAGUUUGCACUGAGAAAAUAGUAAAGGAAGAGAAGGACCAAGUGACUGAAACAUCAACAAAGAAGAGCUCAAAAAUUGCAAGCUUGAUCCCAAAGGGAAACAAGACUACAGCAGCCAAGAAGGAAAGUUUAAUACCCUCCUCUAGUGGGAUACCAAAACCUGGAUCAAAGGUACCAACAGCAAAGCAGAGUGCUUCACCUGUUUGUGCAGGAAGUAAAGAGUCUGAAAAAUUCAGGACUACAAAGGGCAACCAGUCUCAAUCGACAAUGAAAUCACAAGCUAAUGAGAGAGCCUCCACUUCCUGUAGUCUUGCUUCUUCUGAAGGAAAGGAAUCUAGCCCAACUCUGACCCCUGGUUCUUCUGCAGCUCUUUCUGUCUCAAUGGCUGCAAGCAGUGGACAAAUCACAGGAAAUGGCAUCGUCCAACUUCCUCAACAACAGCAAUAUAGUCACCCAAACACUGCCACAGUAGCUCCUUUCAUUUAUAGAACACACUCAGAAAAUGACAGUACCUCUUUACCAUCUGCUGACUCCUGCACCAGUCCAACUAAAAUGGAUUUAUCAUACAGUAAGACUGCCAAACAGUGCCUAGAGGAGAUAUCUGGGGAAGACCCAGAAACAAGAAGAAUGCGAACAGUAAAGAAUAUAGCAGAUCUGCGACAGAAUUUGGAAGAAACUAUGUCCAGCCUUAGAGGGACCCAGAUAAGCCACAGCACAUUGGAGACAACUUUUGACAGCACUGUGACAACCGAAGUGAAUGGGAGAAGUAUACCAAGCUUGACAAACCGAUCCACACCAGUGACUUGGAGGCUUGGCCAGGCUAGUCCUCGCCUCCAGGCAGGAGAUGCCCCAUCCUUAGGUAGUGGUUACCCUCGCAGUAGUGCUGGCCGCUUCAUACAUACUGACCCCUCACGAUUCAUGUAUACCACACCUCUUCGCCGAGCAGCUGUUUCUCGCCUCGGGAAUAUGUCACAGAUUGACAUGAAUGAAAAAGGAAGCAGUGAUCUGGACAUGUCCUCUGAAGUUGACGUUGGAGGUUACAUGAGUGAUGGGGACAUUCUUGGGAAAAGCCUCAGAACAGAUGAAAUCAAUAGUGGGUACAUGACAGAUGGAGGACUCAACCUGUAUACAAGAAGUCUGAACCGAAUACCAGACCUAGCUGCCUCCCGAGAUGUAAUCCAGAGAGGGGUGCAUGAUGUGACAGUGGAUGCUGACAGCUGGGAUGACAGCAGCUCAGUUAGCAGUGGCCUCAGUGACACCCUUGAUAACCUGAGCACGGAUGACCUGAACACCGCCUCAUCUGUCAGCUCUUAUUCCAAUAUUACUGCUUCUUCAAGAAAAAAUGCUCACACUCAGCUGAAGACUGAUUCAGAGAAACGGUCCGUAACAGACAGUGAAAACUGGGGCAGCACUGAAGAACUGAAGAAGCCAGAGGAGGACUUUGACAGCACUGUAGAUGGCAGUGGUAAAUGGAAGGGCCUUCCCUCGGGGCUGUCCGAAGACUCAGAGAAGGGAGGUCAGAAAGCAUCUCUGUCUGUUUCACAGACUGGAUCCUGGAGGAGAGGCAUGACUGCACAAGUUGGAACGACCCCAUCCAGACACAAAGCUGGGACAAGUGCUCUCAAGACACCAGGAAAAACAGAUGAUGCAAAGGCUUCUGAAAAAGUGAAAACUCCUCUCAAAGGCACCUCUAUACAGCGCUCUCCAUCAGAUGCAGGAAAAAGCAGUGGCGAUGAAGGAAAAAAGCCUCCCUCUGGCAUUGGACGAUCAACUGCUACUGGCUCCUUUGGAUUCAAGAAGGCGGGAGUGGGAUCUUCUCCUAUAAUCACCACAAGUGGGGCAACCAUAACAAGUGGGUCAGCAACUCUGGGGAAGAUGCCCAAAUCUGCAGCCAUUGGUGGCAAGUCAAAUGCAGGGAGGAAAACUAGCUUAGAUGGGUCACAGAAUCAGGACGACGGAGUAUUACAUGUUAACUCGAAGACCACGCUGCAGUACCGGAGUUUGCCGCGCCCUUCAAAGUCGAGCACAAGCGGUAUUCCCGGCAGAGGUGGUCACAGGUCCAGCACCAGCAGCAUUGACUCUAAUGUCAGCAGCAAGUCUGCAGGGGCUGCCACCACCAAACUGAGAGAGCCCACGAAGAUUGGCUCAGGGCGUUCCAGUCCCGUCACCAUCAAUCAGACAGACAAGGAAAAAGAGAAAGUGGCAGUGUCUGAUUCCGAGAGUGUUUCAUUGUCCAGUUCCCCCAAAUCCAGCCCAACCUCCACCAGUGCCUGUGGGACACCGGGACUCAGGCAGCCAGGAUCCAAAUACCCAGACAUUGCCUCGCCCACAUUCCGAAGGUUGUUUGGUGCCAAGGCUGGUGGCAAAGCUGCCUCCGCACCCAAUACAGAAAGUGUGAAACCCACAUCAGCAAUGCCCAGCCCUAGUACCACAUUAGUACGGCAAGGCAGCCUAGAAUCUCCAUCUUCGGGUACAGGCAGCAUGGGCAGUGCAGGUGGGCAGAGUGGUAGCAGCAGCCCCCUCUUCAGUAAACCCUCGGAAUUAAAUACAGAUGUUGUAAGUUUAAGUCACUCCUUGGCUUCCAGUCCAGCAUCUGUUCACUCUUUCACAUCAGGUGGUCUCGUGUGGGCUGCAAACCUUAGCAGCUCCUCAGCUGGCAGUAAGGACACACCAAGUUACCAGUCAAUGACUAGCCUGCACACGAGCUCUGAAUCUAUUGAUCUCCCUCUCAGCCAUCAUAGCUCUCUCUCUGGAUUGACAACAGGCACUCAGGAGGUUCAGAGCUUGCUCAUGAGGACUGGAAGUGUCAGAUCUACACUAUCGGAAAGCAUGCAGCUUGACAGAAAUACACUACCCAAAAAGGGACUAAGAUAUACCCCGUCAUCUCGGCAGACCAGCCAGGAGGAGGGCAAAGAGUGGCUGCGCUCCCAUUCCACUGGAGGUCUGCAGGACACCGGCAGUCAGUCCCCUGUCGUUUCACCUUCAGCUAUGUCUUCCUCUGCAACUGGAAAAUAUCACUUUUCCAACUUGGUGAGUCCAACCAACUUGUCCCAGUUUAAUCUUCCUGGACCCAGUAUGAUGCGUUCAAACAGCAUCCCUGCACAAGACUCUUCUUUUGACCUGUAUAAUGACUCCCAGCUGUGUGGCAGUGCCACAUCCUUAGAAGAGAGACCACGAGCAAUCAGUCAUUCAGGCUCAUUCAGAGACAGCAUGGAAGAAGUACACGGGUCCUCAUUAUCACUGGUCUCCAGCACGUCCUCGCUCUAUUACACUGCUGAAGAAAAGGCGCAUUCAGAGCAAAUUCAUAAACUCCGAAGGGAACUGGUUGCAUCACAGGAAAUUGCCACCCUCACAUCCCAGCUUUCAGCUAAUGCUCAUCUAGUAGCAGCUUUUGAAAAGAGCUUAGGAAAUAGACUCCGACUGCAGAGCCUAACAAUGACAGCUGAACAAAAGGAAUCUGAGCUUAUAGAACUAAGAGAAACCAUUGAAAUGCUGAAAGCCCAAAAUUCUGCUGCACAAGCUGCUAUUCAGGGAGCUUUGAAUGGCCCUGAUCAUGCCCACAAAGAUUUGCGUAUAAGACGACAACAUUCCUCAGAAAGUGUUUCCAGCAUCAACAGUGCCACAAGCCAUUCUAGCAUUGGCAGCAGUAAUGAUGCUGACUCCAAGAAAAAGAAAAAGAAAAACUGGGUGAACUCUAGAGGAAGUGAGCUAAGAAGCUCAUUCAAACAGGCCUUUGGAAAGAAAAAGUCCACCAAGCCUCCUUCCUCCCAUUCUGACAUAGAAGAGCUCACCGAUUCAUCUCUUCCAUCAUCACCCAAAUUGCCCCACAACUCAGGGGACUGUGGGAUAUUGUCAAUGAAACCAUCACAGUCGGCGUCUGCGAUAUGUGAGUGCACAGAGGCAGAGGCUGAAAUUAUUCUACAGCUAAAGAGUGAGCUAAGGGAAAAAGAGCUAAAGUUAACAGACAUUCGUCUCGAGGCCCUCAGCUCGGCACACCAUCUUGAUCAGAUUCGUGAAGCCAUGAACCGCAUGCAGAAUGAAAUUGAGAUACUGAAAGCUGAAAAUGAUCGCUUAAAGGCAGAGACCGGAAAUACCGGGAAGCCGGCUCGACCAUCUUCUGAGUCUUCAAGCAGCACAUCCUCCUCUUCAUCACGGCAAUCAUUAGGGCUUUCUUUGAACAACUUGAAUAUCACUGACUCUGUUACGUCAGAUAUUUUACUGGAUGAUGUCACAGAUGGAGCCCUCCCCAAAGAAGGCCACAGUGUUAAAAUUAUAGUCACCAUAAGUAAGGGCUAUGGUCGAUCUGAGGAUCAAAAGAUGCAGGCAUAUUUGAUAGGAUCCAUUGGGAUUAGCGGGAAAACCAAAUGGGACGUUUUAGAUGGAGUAAUUAGACGUCUCUUUAAGGAAUAUAUCUUCCGAGUGGAUCCAGCUACUAGCCUAGGUUUAAGCUCCGAUUGUAUUGCUAGCUACUGUAUAGGGGAUUUAAUCAGAGCCCAUAGCCUGGAAGUGCCUGAACUGCUGCCUUGUGGAUAUCUGGUUGGAGAUAAUAACAUCAUCACCGUGAACCUGAAAGGAGUGGAAGAAAACAGUUUGGACAGUUUUGUGUUUGAUACACUAAUUCCUAAGCCAAUUACCCAACGGUACUUUAAUUUAUUGAUGGAGCAUCACAGAAUCAUCCUGUCAGGACCCAGUGGCACUGGAAAGACCUAUUUAGCCAACAGAUUGGCAGAAUACAUAAUAACUAAAUCGGGCAGAAAAAAAACUGAGGAUGCAAUUGCUACUUUUAAUGUAGAUCACAAAUCAAGCAAGGAUCUGCGUCAGUACCUAGCUAACCUGGCUGAGCAGUGCAGUGCUGACAACAAUGGUGCUGAUCUCCCUGUAGUAAUAAUUCUUGAUAACCUCCACCAUAUUGGUUCUUUGAGUGAUAUCUUCAAUGGUUUCCUCAACUGUAAAUAUAAUACAUGUCCCUAUAUUAUUGGAACAAUGAACCAAGGGGUUACUUCAUCACCAAAUCUAGAGCUGCAUCACAAUUUCAGGUGGGUGCUAUGUGCUAAUCACACAGAACCAGUAAAGGGUUUCCUGGGCAGGUAUCUGAGAAGGAAACUGAUUGAGACAGAAAUAGACAGGAACAUGCGCAAUAAUGACCUCAUCAAGAUCAUUGACUGGAUCCCUAAGACAUGGCAUCAUCUCAACAGCUUUUUAGAAACACACAGCUCUUCAGAUGUGACCAUUGGUCCUCGCCUUUUCCUCCCCUGCCCCAUGGAUGUUGAUGGCUCCAGAGUGUGGUUCACAGACCUAUGGAACUAUUCUUUGGUGCCAUAUCUUCUGGAGGCUGUGAGAGAGGGACUUCAGAUGUAUGGUAAAAGAGCACCAUGGGAGGAUCCUUCAAAGUGGGUAGCAGUUACUUACCCAUGGAGCUCCGCACCUGUGCAGCAUGAAUGGCCAUCAUUACUUCAGUUAAGACCAGAAGAUGUUGGGUUUGAGGGUUACACAUCGACACAAGAAGGAACAACCUCCAAGCACAUACCACAAAGCGACACAGAAGGGGAUCCCUUGAUGAAUAUGCUAAUGCGGCUCCAAGAAGCAGCAAAUUACUCGAGUGCGCAAAGCUGUGACAGUGAUAGCACCAGCCACCAUGAUGACAUUUUGGAUUCCUCUCUUGAAUCAACUCUCUAGAGGGGACGAACCUUGGUAGAAGAUUAUAGUAAAAUCUAUUGCCACUGACUACUGCCAGUAUUAAAGCAGCACAUUGAGGUCCCUGAUCAAGGGCGGUGUGUUGUAGGUAGGCAGGAGGCUUAACUCUGCAAAGUCAGGAAUUAAAAUCUAAGCGGAAAGCUUGAAUUUGUUUAAUUUCAAGGCAUUUCAAUAUCAGUGGAGCCAAGUAAGACUCCAUUAAUCAACUGGAAAGGGCCCUAAAUGGAGGGCAACUAAGCAGAUUGCACAUGUGUUAGCCAAACUGGAACCUUUUUUUGUUUUUCCUCUCUCUCUCUCUUUAAAAGUUUACAGUGAAAACUUUUUGUUUUUUCCUUUUCUUUUCUCUGAGGUGCUGCGUUAGCAAUGCAGUCUUCUGAUCCUCUUCUAACCUCUGUUGUGCCACAUGGUGCUGGUCACAGGACUACAGUAGUGUUUGUCGUACACUACUGCCCAUUCCAAAAUGAAUCAAAGAUGAUGAUAGUAACUCAAUAAGCACAAACAGUAUUGUGCUAUCACCAGAAAACACUACUGUGAUAUGCUGGAUAAGUGCCAAUUUAAUUCUUAAUUGCCAUGGUCACAGUGACACUCUCCAUGAAGUUUUUAGUGUACAAGUCACCAAUUUUAUAAAGUUGUUUUUACCACAAAGGUCUUUUUUAACCACCUGCCCACUCCUUUACAGUUUUAUACCAAUUAUUAACCAACACUGACUAAAGGCUUUUUUAGGGCUUCAUUUGUUUGAGCCUUUUCAGUGGAAGAAGGAACAUUUCCUAUGGUGCUGUUUCACUGCCUUAAAACAUAUUUCUAAAACAGUUUUACAGUUGGUUUAAUUCCUAAACCAUUGGUAAUUUACACUGUUUUUUUUCAUUUACUAACGAAAUAACGUCAGUUAACACAGUAGCCUCAUAUCUGUAUAUCAUGAUUUUUUAAGAAAUGGAUAGGAGAAAGAACAGUUGCUAUAUAGUAUUUUUAUCUUGUGAAUAGAUUGCUCUGCCUACCCUAGGAAAUAUACAAGAAACCCAGAACCCACUUCCACUAUCACCUAAAAGCUGAGAAAGUUGACCCAGAUCCAUUCAGUCCUGUGGAAUGGAGUUUUUGAAGGAUAGAUGUUUCGAAUUCUUAUCCAGCAGAGCUGGAUGCACUUGAUGCAGCAUGAGCACAAAUAUUUGUUUAUUUUUUUUCUUUUUCUAGUUUUAAGCAUGUUGUUUUGAUUGCUAUUGUUGUACAUGAAAAAAAAUAAACAGCAUUAAAGAACACUGAAGCAGUGAUGUCCACUGUGGAAGAGAAAGAGUUUAUACUGUAAAAGUGGGUUGGUUUUGCACAGUCUACUGGGUGGGUAUUGUAAAUAUAAAAAGCCUUGCACAAAUCAAAACAAACAAACAAGAAAUUGUAUUUUAUCCUGUUGGUGUUAAGAGAUGUUACACUUGCUGAGAUUUCCUCAAUGUCGCAAACGAAGACAGAAUGCAAACCUUAAAAGCUGUUUUUAACCUCGUGUGUUUGUCCUGUAUUUACAGUUGCUAUGACUAUGCAGGAGCUAUCAAUGCUAGAGUGAGCAUGUUUCAAUUUGUAUAUUAAGACAAUACAUUUUGGGGGGCAAAAAAUGAAAUUUUAAGUGCAUCUGUCAUGGCAGGCUACAAACAGAUUGCAUGAAAAUUGAUCAGAAUAAUUGUAAAAGCUAUUGCCACAAGAAAUAACUGGAUAAAAUAAUUUUAAAAAAUAAUCCAAGGGCUAUGGCAUUGUGUAUACAUACUGUACACUUAAAUGGAUGUUACCUUCAGGAUGUGUAAUUGGUGCUACUAACUCUUUGUGGCCACCCUGUGGUCAUUUGCUGUAAAACAAAGACAAAGAAAUCAAUAGGAGUACCAGUGGCACCUUAGAGACUAACAAAUUUAUUUGAGCAUAAGCUUUCAUGAGCUACAGCUCAGUGAGCUCACAAAAGCUUAUGCUCAAAUAAAUUUGUUAGUCUCUAAGGUGCCACAAGUACUCCUUUUCUUUUAGCGAAUACAGACUAACACGGCUGCUACUCUGAAAGAAAUCAAUGCAGUUUUCAAUGGCACUGAGCUGCAUCAGUGAAUCUAGCAGUCCCUACACGGUGCUAUUGCCCUAGUACAAACUCUAAUUGAUUUUAUGCAUGUAGAAUGUAGUCAGACUGAUGUGGAGCCCCAAAACUUAGAUCAGUUUCUGUUGUAAAACAUCAGCACAUGUAUCUGAGAGCUGACUAAAAAACCUGCUGCUCUUUGUUAUAUAUGUGUUCUGAACAAAUUUGCAAAUCUUUUCCUUCCAUUUUGACACAAACACACACAAUAUUACCAUAUACAAAACUUCCUGCAAUACAUCUCAGUGAGUCCACCUAGUUUACAACUUAAAAAUUGUUUGUGAAACAUUUGUCUGUAUACAUUUUAUAUUUUGUACAUUUUUUGAUGUAACAUAUCAUGUAAAUAGACAGAAACAGUGAAAUAAAUCAUCUGAAAAGUUUUGUAGUCUUUGUAAAGCCCUAAUAAUAAGUAUUUGGUGUCAUCGGACUUAACUGGAUGAUGUAUUUUUAUUGGUUUAUUGUUCCUCUAGCUUGUAAACCAGCUUGCAUAUAUUUUUUUGCAGGUGUGCACACUGUAUCUGUCUAAAUUAUUACUUUGUCAUUAAAGUGGAAUUAUUUAUU